UUUCCAGAUAUCAGUCAAGAAUCUGAUUCUCCAUUUGUUUUCAUCUGCAAAAAUCCUCAGGAAAUGAUUGUGAAGUUUCCUAUUAAAGGAAAUCCUAAAAUCUGGAAACUGGAUUCCAAGAUCCAUCAAGGAGCAAAGAAGGGGUUAAUGAAGCAGAAUAAAGCUGUCUAACCCAGGAGAAGAGGGACUAUGCAGCAUAAUGGAAUUUUGUGUAAUAAAAUUGGUAUCAACUGGUCCUUCGGAAUUGAAGCAUUAGAAAUCUUACGGCUUGGCAUCAGGCUUAAGUCUGUCAGAAUUUAAACUCUUUCCAAAAUCUGUAUAUUUUUCUUAAAGGAUGGGAUUCUUUAUGUAGUGGUCAAACUUUGAAUACAUUAUUUAUAAAAACUUACUUUAAAAAUUCUA